AUGGUGCUGCAAGUUCUACCGGCUGAAGAGGCCGAUAUGUACCGAUCCGCAGUGAUCGAACAUGAAGCCUACAAGCCCCUAGAGACAAACAAGAUCCUAUUUCCCGGGCCGUUCCCACCCGACGUGCUGGAGCACCGAGCCGAUGAGCUAAAAGCACAAUCGAAGGAGCCCAACACCUUCUGUUUCAAGGUCAUCGACACAGAACUCGAGGGCGAGCAGAUGAUAUCUUUCGCCAAGUGGGUCGUCUACGAUGGGACUAACCCGCCGAAGCCGAGGCCGCAGAGGCAGUGGCCUCCUGGCAUCAACGGCGAAGCGUGUGAGUUAUUGUUCGGCGGCCUGACCGAGCUUAAGAAGAGAGUCAUGGGAGAUAGGAAACAUCUCUACCUGCAUCUACUUCACACCGACCCCAUGCACCAAGGACGUGGUGCAGGAGCUAUGCUGACGUCGCGAGGCGUCGAAGAGGCAGCUAGGAGGCGUCUCCCAGCGUAUUUAGAGUCUUCUGAGGCAGCACACCAGCUGUAUUUAAGUAACGGAUUCCAAGAUCUGGAGGAGCUGGCCACAGACUUCAGCAAAUGGGGUUUAGAGACUCCGCAUAGAGCCUGGGCUAUGAUACACGACUAA